AUUAUUGGGGGAGGAUCAGGGUGAUGAAAAGAAAAUGGCUGCCGGGUUUAACUGGUUCCUUGUACUGAGCUGUGUGUUUCUGUGCAACCUCGUCAAAACACUCCUGCCAUCCAUUUCUUCAUUUCUGUUGAAGAUCUUCCAUAAAGAUGCUGAUCAGGAGAUUGAGAUGAGGACUGAGAUCCAGAACAUGAGGAUGGAGCUGUCCAGCAUCAACAUGAUGGACGAGUUUGCCAGAUAUGCUAGACUGGAACGCAAGAUCAACAAGAUGACUGAUCAACUGAAAACUCUAGUCAAAUCCAGAACUGCGCAACAAGCCAAAAUGAAAUGGAUUGUGAAUAUUGUAUUUUACAUUUCUCAGGCGGUCGUCAUGAUCUCACUCAUAUUGAAGUAUUACGCAGAUCCGGUCACAGUUGUGCCCAGUAAAUGGAUUGCUCCGCUGGAGAGACUAGUAGCCUUUCCUUCUGGAGUUGCAGGUGGUGUUGGAAUCACAUGCUGGCUAGUUGUCUGCAACAAGGUGGUGGCCAUCGUCCUACACGCCAUCAGUUAAACUAACCGCUUCAUAUCAACAUCAAUACACACACAGUCACUGGAUUUUCAUGAGUGGCCUAAACAAGAGCAGGGCUCAAGACAUCUGGCCUGAUCUCACUGAUUCUUUUAAUUAAACAAAAAUACCAUUCGCUGUUCCGUUAAACAGUUCAAGUCAAUUUCUUGUUUAAUGACGUUAAAAUGUUUUAUUUGCAUUUUGUUGGAAAAAUGCUGACAUGUGAACAUUCCUAACAAAUGGCAAAACACUGGUUUAAGCUUUAUGAUAUAAGUUGAUACCAUCAAAAGAUUGUUUAUUUAUUACUUGUACCAUAAUUGUAUAUUUGGGCUUGCUUUGGUGUUACAGUUUUUUUUUGGUCAAUGUUACUAAUCUAUUUAUUGAUUGUAUUACAAAAAGAAAAUGUCCAUGAAUUAAUAAAUGUGAAAAUGAGG